AUGUCCGAGUUAGCGAGUGGGCAGAGGCUUGUGAUUCGGCUACCGUGCGUGUGCUUCAACAACAGCGACGGUGUCGCCGCCGCCGUGUAUAUGUCAUAUGCGGUGGCUAAGAGGGAGACUCUCAGCAGUAUUGUGGCGCAGUACAAGACAACCGUUGCGGAUUUGAAGGACGUUAACGGUCUUGGCCUGGGGAUGUACUUGCCAUUCCACUACCCGGAAUAA